AUGAAUCAAAGCGGCGAUGAUCAGGCGGAAUGCCCUCUUUGUAUGGAACCAUUCGAAGUAGAUGACCUUAAUUUUUUUCCCUGCACUUGUGGAUAUCAGAUCUGUCGCUUUUGCUGGCACAGAAUCAGGACAGAUGAAAAUGGUUUAUGUCCAGCUUGUAGGAAAGCUUAUCCAGAAAAUCCAGCAGAUUUUAAACCCUUAUCUCAAGAACAGAUGGCAAAAUUAAAAGCAGAAAAAAGACAGAAAGAGCAACAACGAAAACAGAAAGCGACAGAAAGUAGAAAGCACUUAGCGAAUGUUAGAGUUGUACAGAAAAAUUUAGUAUUUGUAGUCGGUUUACCAAUACGAUUAGCAGAGCCUAAUAUACUCAAAAAACAUGAAUAUUUUGGUAAAUUUGGUAAAAUACAAAAGGUUGUCAUUAAUCAAAGCACGUCAUAUGCUGGAGCUUUGGGACCUAGUGCUAGUGCAUAUGUAACUUAUAGCAGGUACGAAGAUGCGUUAAGAGCGAUACAAGCUAUAAAUAAUAUAUGGGUUGAUAACAGGCAAAUCAAGACUUCAUUAGGAACCACUAAAUAUUGUUCACAUUUUAUUAAAGCGCAAACUUGUCCAAAGCCAGACUGCAUGUAUUUACACGAUUUAGGUGAUCCGGAAGCUAGCUUUACUAAAGAAGAAAUGCAACGUGGAAAACAUCAGGAAUACGAAAGGAACUUGUUCGAGCAAUAUAAUAACACUAUAACGCAAGAAAGGAAAACGACGCCAUCACCUCCAACCUUGGGAAAUUCACUAACUAAUUCCGAUUCAACAUCUGCUUUUCCGAGCGCUGUUGGAAAAGAAGCGUGGCUAUCAUUACCGAAUGGCACGACUCAAACGAAUUCAGGUAGAUUACAAUGA